AUGGACGUGUUAUUCCCAAUUAUCCGUAUACAACAUAUUCCACCAAAUAUACUUUCCCAUAUUAUCUUCACAGCCUAUCAGAGAAGCUCUCUCCGACCAGAGAGCCUCUGUAUCCUUGAAUCUGACUCAGAGAUCGAAGAAUAUGCAAGCCCCGCCAUGCACUUGUAUGACUGCUACGAGAAAUCUGCAUUCCACGGGAAACACAUCGACGAUGUUGUUCGUAUUCUUCGAGAAGGCGUCACUGGAAAUGUAGUAGCAGCAAACUUGUUCUACAUCGCGGACGACCAGACGAUUAGAGAUCACACCUUGCUCCUGGUUCAAGUUCAAGGCGAAGGGAAUGAUACCUGCGUGCUUAGUGUCCGACUCGCACCUGAAUUUGCGAAUGGAAUGGCAAUAUCGAUAUAUGAUCCUGAAUCCCACAUAAAAAUCCAAGAUAUCCAGAAAGAUGUCGAUGAUGAUGGCGUCUUUAGGGGCCCGAGGGAUACCCCAUAUAAAUAUGUUGGGACACCGAGCUACUAUUUGAGUCUUCCAGAGACGCCAGAACAAGGCAAUUAA